CGCGCCUGCGCAGUGAGGUCAGUCGUCUCCUAGCAACCAGAAGAGCGACGGUAGCAACUAAAAGAUGGCCAAAGCAACAACCAUUAAAGAUGCCUUAGUCAAAUGGGAAGAAAAGACGGGGCAGAAGGCUUCUGAAGCAAAGGAGGUUAAGCUGUAUGCACAGACCCCGCCCAUUGAAAAGAUGGAUGCAUCUCUGUCCACAUUGGUCAAUUGCGAGAAAUUGUCUCUUUCCACCAACUGCAUUGAAAAGAUAGCUAACCUGAAUGGUCUGAAAAAUCUCAGAAUAUUGUCUUUGGGAAGGAAUAACAUAAAGAAUUUGAAUGGAUUGGAAGCAGUCGGGGAAACCCUUGAAGAACUUUGGAUCUCAUACAAUUUACUUGAAAAGUUAAAGGGAAUUCAUGUCAUGAAAAAGCUGAAAGUACUUUAUAUGUCCAACAAUGUAGUGAAAGAUUGGGCGGAAUUUUCCAAGCUGGCUGAUCUGCCAUGUUUGGAGGAUCUGGUUUUUGUGGGGAAUCCUCUGGAGGAAAAACACACGUUAGAGGGAAAUUGGAUGGAGGAGGCAACUAAACGUCUCCCUAAGCUGAAGAAACUGGAUGGAACUCCAGUCAUUAAGCAGGAAGCUGAGGAGGGAGAUGACUCGUAAUCUUUUUUGCUUUUUCAUUUUCUUUUUAAGUUAUUUAAACCGUUCCAGAAACACAGAGAUGCUUUUUAUAAACCUUUUUUGUAUAUUUAAAAAGAUUUGAAUAGUUUCCUUUUUUAUGUUUUUAAGUUAUCAUUGAUGCAAGGCAUUAUUUCAAGUGUGACUUAAUUAUCCGAAAGGAUCACUC